AAUUAAUUGGCAUCAUCAAAAAAUAGAAACGUACGGAAAGUAGGGCAAAAAUAUAUUUCCGAUCUUUAUUGCACUUUAGUGUUUUGCUUAUAGUAAUGUCUCACUCUAACUGUUGUUGUCGUUACGUGUCAUAUCUAUGUUUGAACGAAUUAAAAGUAUAAAGUAAUAAAAAAGUAUUUAUCAAAGGUUUCGGAAUAGUUAUUUAUCAAAUUCGAUAAUAUUACUGUUCGCUACUUUUAUGACAUUUAUUUGUCAUUUGUCAUAGCUACGAUUUUUGGUCAGAGCCUUUUGCCUUGCUAAUUAGAUAAACAAAUAAAAAAAAAAAAACUACAUCGGUUCGUUAAAACGCAGUCAUUACUCGCUCUUUGGCAUUUCGUCUGCAGUGCAGGACAGUUGUCUCAGUUGAUUUAAUUUUUUUAGUUGUUUUAAUUGUUGAAAAUGUCAACAAAGAAGUCGCAGGCGCCAAUUUCUCCUUGGAUAAAGAGAAUAAUUGAAGAAACUGAGAAAGAAGGGAGCGAAGAAUGGCCGAUCGUCCUAUUGAAGGGUGAAAGUCGUCACGCGGUGUGGGUGGUGAGUGCUUGGUUGGGUGUCGAUAUGAAAGGCAUCCCGGGCCAAGCUUGCCGUCUACUUGAGCGUUUUCUAUGCGCCCGAACUCGUCAAUUAGUCACCGAGUCUACAAGUACGGAGGAGUUGAAAAGAAUUCAACGUUCAAUAAAUGAGCAAAUAAUAUUUUUCUUGGCGUGCUGCAUUCUACUCGCAUCGAAAAUGAACACCUCAACCUCGAACUUCAACUCUCAUACGAUACAGCGGUACAUGCAGUUGCAUGGCUUAGAGAUUUCCGUCGACAAGAUCAACGCGAUGGAACACGAUGUGUUUAGUAGUCUGGGUUAUCAAAUUUCGUUAUUCUCGAGCGUGGAGGCAGCAGAGCUGAUUUCUCUGGAAGUGGGCCUGUCUUCAAAAAUGAUAGAACAUGUGGGAACUCUCACUAAUUUGGCGGAGUAUCGCCGUGACGAGUUAGUGCGACUGGUGAAGAAAUCUUCUACUUUAUUUCCGCUGUUGAAGAAACCGGAGAACGCUUCACUUCGGACAUUGCAUAUAUCAGCAGGGACAGUGGCUACUGGCAUCUUUUACCAUUUGCAUGGGGAACCCGUUUCGUCUUCUACUUUCAUAAAGCGUCUCAAACAUCUUACCAGACUGUCUAGUACGUUUUUGAGGUUCAUGGCCGAUGCUAUUGCUCAGGUGAUAACAAAGAGCAUUGACGAUGACGAUAGUGAGGAACCUGUUACCAAGAAAAAGAAAAAAUCGUCAAAAGUGUAAAUAUUAUUAUAAUGACCAUAUUACCUACAGAGGUAUAUGGUAGUAUAACGAUGUUAUGUUUCUAGAAAUGCUUCUAGAGUUUAGUUUCUUUUGUUAUUUUUAUUUUGAAAAAUAUACUUACUUUUGUGUGAAAACAA